UUCUAAAUAUAAGGGGUCCCCGACACUGCACGGUGUCCCUGGGCCUUGUGGGGCAACGCAGUCUAUCAUGGAUCACUACAAACUGUUUUAAACUAUGCAUUUUCUGAGAACACUUUAGAAUCACACUUAUUUUAAAAGAACAACUUGAAGAAAAGAAAUAGACUGCUGUUCACAGACUCUGGUACUUGCUCACGGAAACAACGAUGGCGUCGGUACCUUCUGUUGGUUGCCUCCUGGCCAAAAACCAGUAUUAUCGAAAGCCCAGUAUUUCUUCAGUUAGCUCUGACUCUGUUAAUUUCAUAGAUGAAGACAAACACCUUCAAGGCUUACCUGAUAUGGCAGAAUCCACCUGGUGGCUUAAAUCCUUUUUUCAUUCUGAACCUGUGCUUUCAACUGAAAUAAGAAAAGAACUGUUGGCUAGUGGCACUACCUGUUGAUUCUGACAAUCAAAAUGCCUACCUGCUGAGCUGCUACAAAUGCGAACAACACCCUUCAGCUCUCAAGUUAUUCCAGAUAACUCUUUUCCAUCGUAAAAUCCAUCUAUGUUUCUAAAAAUUUAAUUAUUUUCAAUUAAAAAAAUUUUAGACUCUU